AUGGCUUCUCUACAGCCCGAAGCUCUCUUCUCCCCCGUCCUCCAUUCCGAGCGUCUUACCCUGACCCUCUUUGACAUGGAGAACAAGGACGACAUGGACUUUGUCGUCAUGAUGUUCAACCAGGAAAUGCCUCCCGGCUCGGCCCCCUCAGGCGGCGACUGGACCGCCCAAGACAUCCGCCGCCUCACCUGGUCCAUCAUGCCCAAGCCAUCCGACACCCACGGCCGCCUCUCGAAAGACGCCGGCAUCUACAUUGUGCGUAUAGGCAGUGACCCCAACGGACCGCGCAUCGGCGUGCUGAACCUCUGUCGCCGCACGCCCGCUGUCCCGCUGGAUCUGGGCUACAUGCUGAGACCAGAGUAUCGCAACCAGCGCUACGGCACCGAGGCGGUGGGGAGGGUCCUCAAGUACUUUACGGACGAGUUUGGCAUCAAGGAGAUUUGCAUCGUGACCAACGAAGCAAACGUCCCGUCGGUGAAGAUGGCGCGGAGGCUGGGCUUGGUCGAUGGCGGCUGGGUUACGAUGAACGGGAACAGGUUUGUUGUGCUUGUGUUGCCUGGGAUGAAGAAGUUGGAGGGACAAGAGUUUCCGUUUUGGGGAGAUGGCGAGGAGCCUCAGGUUUGA